AGGUCGAGCUUCCGCAACACACAGAGGUGCGCACGCACCGGGAUGUGAUGAUCUGCCGGCUCUGUCUUCCCAACCUAUCAUCUGAACAGAUUCAGGUUAGGAAUUGGGAGAGAGAGAGAGAGAGAGCAAGAGAAGGAGGGAGAGAGAGAGCAAGAGAAGGAGGGAGAGAGAGAGAGGGAAAGAACCCCAGUGCAAAACUAAGCGCAGCCCCGUUUGGCACGCUGAGAUUUGGACAACUUAAUUUUCCUCCUUCACCUGCGCCUAAAACAACCCGAGGAGACAGCCUUGGGACCGCCACCUCCCUCCAUCCUCCCACGCAAGAGAGCAGGAGCGACGGCCAUGAAGCACCUGCCGAUCUCCAGGUGGCUGAGCCAGCUCGGCCUACCGCAGUACUGCAGGCUGUUCGAUGAGGAGUAUGACGGGGUGGAGGACCUGCUGCACCUGACAGAGCUGGACCUGCUGGAGUUGGGCGUCCGUAACCACCUGCACCGCAUCCACAUCCUGUCCAGCAUCCAGGUGCUGCAGGAGAGGGAGAGGAGGAGAGAACUGAGGAUGAUGGCGGAGGGGAAGUUCGCCAGCUUGCCCCGGAACAUGCACAUGGCCCGGCAGUGCCCGCUGGCCUCGUCCAUGGACCUGCUGAGCACCAGGAUGCCCGGCGUCAUGGCCGACCUGCCGCCCGUGGCCAGCGAGGGCUACCCGGGCUUCUCCAUCCACGGGACGCUGCCGCGCAAGAAGAAGACGGGCACCUCGACGACGGGGCGCCCCUGGGACGCGUGUGGAUCCCUGCCACACCCAGCUCGCGCCCGCCUGCCCUCCUCGCCACUCAUACACAACGUCAUAGAUGAACAUCAGCCCUUUCACUCACUCAGGGACGCAUGCCCAGCAUACAGGGAUCCUUGCGGCAUGGACCCCACCUUGGAGUAUGUGAAGUUCUCCCGGGACAAGUACAUCAUGGACGGGCCGCCAGAGAAGCUGCGCAGGGAGCUGGAGGAAGAGCUGAAGUUGGCCAGCGAGGAGCCCCGCAGCCACGCCUGGUACCACGGAGCCAUCCCCAGACAGGUGGCGGAGAACCUUGUCCAGAGGGACGGUGACUUCCUGAUCCGUGACUCGCUUUCAAGCCCGGGGAACUACGUGCUGACGUGCCAGUGGAAAAACAGCCCGCAGCACUUCAAGAUCAGCAAGCGCGUGGUGGCGUUGAACGAGGCCUACUCGCGUGUGGAAUACCUGCUGGAGAAAGAGGGCUUCGACAGCGUGCCCGCGCUCGUCCGCUUCUACGUGGGCAACCGCCGGCCCGUAUCCGAGGUGGUGGGCGCCAUCAUCUUCCAGCCAAUCAACCGCGGGCUGCCGCUGCGCUGCCUGGAGGAGAAGUACGGCGUCGGGGCCCUCAGGCAGGAGGGGGCCCUCCUCGUGGAGCGCAAGAGCCAGACCUCCAAACGCCUCAGCCUGAACAUCCUGAACGGACACAGCCAGGACCCCGCCCUCGGCAGGGGGAACCUCCUCAGCAACAAGGACAAGUGUGGAAGCCAGCCAGCGUGUCUCAACCACGUCCAGGAGAGACGGCGUCCUCUGAAGACCCACCAGUCGGAGAGCUUUCUCCCCCUCGGUUCUAGACCACAGGUCCAGGUUCCCCACAUGGACCUCCAGCUCGGCCCGAAGUCCCCCGUGUUCCGGACGGGCAGUGAGCCGGCCCUGAGCCCCACCGUGCCCCGGAGGAUGACUUUGGACCCCUGGGCCGGCGAGGCAAUCCGUGGCUCCGAUAGCCAGCUGUGCCCCAAGCCGCCCCCGAAACCCAGCAAGGUGCCCUCCAUGGGCAUCCCCCGCUCCCCACGCCUGCAGCACCUCACCCCUCCACCCCCACUGCCCCCCCAGAAGCCCCAGAAGGAGCACAUGCUGCUGCAGAUCCAUCAGCAGCAGCAGCAGCAGAUGGCCCCGUACACUCCUGACGCGAACUACUGUGAGCUGAGCCCCUGUGGCCAGGCUGACUGGGAGCGCAUUAACGGCCAGAUGCCCCCGGGCAGCGGGAGCAGUGGCACGCUGUGCAGCAACAGCAGCUACGUGGAGAGACUGAGGAGAGAGGAGGACAUGAGGAGCUCCACCACCACCGCUACGACCACAAGCAGGAGCAGUGGGAGCAGCGACAGCACCACCAAACUGGACCGCAGCUCCUACCAUCACGCCAUCGAGGCCCUGGAGAACGGCAGCGAGGACGAGGAGGAGUUCGACGUAGAGGAGGAGGAAGACGGUGUGAGGCAACAGCCGGAGCGAGAGAACGCAGGGAGGAGGGGGACUGAGGGAGGCGAGCUAGCGGAGGAGAGGAAGUUUAGACAACCGGUGUUCGAGACGGAGUCGGCGUUCCGGCCGAGCGAGAGCAAGUUCCGUCUGCUGCCGACGGCGGACAAUAAGCCGCUGGAGAUGACGGUGCUGAAGAGAGCCAAAGAGCUAGUGGUCAGCAGGGACCCCCGCGUCAUCGCCAAGCACCUCCUGCUGGCCGACUGUCAGGUUGCCAGGACACUUAACAUUUCUGAGGUGGUGAAAGGUCAAAUGGGCGUGACCUCUGGCCUGGAGCUGGUGACCCUCCCACAUGGAAGGCAACUGCGUCAAGACCUGAUGGAAAGGCACCACACCAUGGCCAUAGGGGUAGCUGUGGACAUCCUGGGCUGCACGGGGAGCCUGGAGGAGCGGGCAGCCACACUCAACCGCAUCAUCCUGGUGGCUCUGGAGCUCAGGGACUCCAUGGGGGACCUGUACGCCUUCUCCUCCAUAAUGAAGGCCCUGGACAUGCCCCAGAUCACAAGACUGGACCACACUUGGACCACCCUGAGGCGGAAAUACACUCAAACGGCCAUCAUCUACGAGAAGUCCCUCAAGCCAUUCUUCAAAGGCCUGUAUGAGGGCACAGUGGAUGCACCGCUCAAGAGCACCACCAUCCCUCUGCUGCUGCCCCUGCUGACGCUGAUGGAGCGACCAGCCGUGGCCUUCGAGGGCAUGGAGCUGUGGGAGAGCAACGACCAGGGCUGCGAGAUCAUGCUGCGCCACCUGGAGGAGGCUCGCGCCAUGGCACACAACGCAGACCUCUACUCUGCCAACGCAAAGAGAGCGCUUCAAGACUUCCAAGCGGAUGAAGACCUGCUGGAGAUCUUCAGGACGGAUUUCCAGCUGCGCCUGCUGUGGGGCAGCCGGGGGGCGGCGGUGAACCAGGCGGAGCGCUACGACAAGUUCAACCUCAUUCUCACGGCCCUGUCCAGAAAACUGGAGCCGCCGGUCAAACACACAGAGCUCUAAUGGCUCGUGUGUCCCGGAGACUGGAGUUUUAUGUGUCUGUUAAUGAACAGUUACUUACUGCAACCUGAAAAUGGAAACGGUAGUGGACAGACCUGGCCUCACGUGGAGGCUGGUGGGGAGGUGGAUUUUUUUUCUGGUGGAUUUUCCCAGCAGGCUUCUGGAGUUAGACUCGUUGUGUUUUGUAGACGGUGUUCACGAGACUUGGUCUCAAUCUACGUUAGAACGGACGGAGGAGGAGAGGCAGUUGUUGCCAAAGUACAGCGGAGUUCAAGAACAGUGGAACGCCACUCGAGAACCCUGUGUGACGCAGAAUUCAAGCACCUCCGAGUUCAAGAACCAUGGAACGCCACUCGAGAACCGUGUAGAUGGGACCGAACUCUAGCACCUCUGUAUUCAUGUAAAAAUGUGAUGUUGAUGAGGACAUUGCGUCGCAGUGUUGAUGUGUUGAACACAGGCAUGAUAAUGACAUGACCGUAGUAUUAGCCCCUUAAGAAGGGGUAGUUGUACAGACAAGGUUGUGAGACAACAUGACUAUACUGAUGAAACCAAAUGGACAAAGUCAAAACUAACCACUGCUCUACUGGAUCCGGCCAAAAUCUUUAAAUCCACUGGCUCCCUGGUGCGAUCUUCCUCUCUUCCAGCAGUCUUAUCCAAACUUCUAGAAGAGUGUCAGCGUGCACACUAGUCACGUUUCACCAGUGAUAUCUAAUUUGAAUAGUAAUCUGGUGUUCACUGUGCUUCAGUAGGUUGUGUCGACCUUACAUGCAAAGGUGUAAAUAUAUUAGUUCAUAACGUGAGCAUGUUAAUGCAAGACUGUAAUAUAUUUUCUUCUUAAUAUUAUUGAUGUGUAAAUAGAGCCUCGUAAUAAUUUUAAUAUCUUUAUAUGGAGUAUUGCAACAUGAAUAGAUCAACAGAGGUUUAAAUAAAACUACUUUUUAACUCCCA